GUGGUAUGCUUCAGGCAGAGGUCAAACUACUACUUACUGAUAACGUUGUUUUAUCAUUGUUUUUUACAGGAUCAACUUCGCACAGGAUGUGGUCUACCUUGCUUCUCGUGGCUGGCCUCUUCCUAUGUGCUGAAUCAGCUAAACACACCACAACGACAACGCCCUUGUCGACGACACUGAGUCUGAGUGACUUUUUCAGGAUGGUGUUCCACAGUGAGGACUUCAACAAAGAUGGCGUGCAAUCCCUGUUGGAGUUUGAGCGGCUGUGGCAUCUGGCUGACGCGGAUGGUGAUGGUUCCGUGCCCUUGACAGAGUACACUAACGCAGCACACUUCUCAAAGUUCAUCGGCAGAGAGGUGUAUAAAUACCUGGACCAUGAUCACAAUGGCGUCAUCAAUCUGCAAGAAGUGCCCAGGCUAUUUAUGGAGUUUGACACAAACUUGGAUGGCUGGAUUACUGAGCAAGAAUUUGUCGACGAAAACCUCAGGAUAUAUAAUUUCGUCGCUAAAGACAUCGGUCCCGACAAAAAAUAAUAAAUGAUGAGCUCUAA